CAGGAGAGAUUUUCGAAAGCAAGGGAACCUCAUCGGAAACGGGCGGGACCGCUAACGCGGGCGGAAGCUCGGAGCCAGCGUGGACCAAUCAGUAUUCUGGGGGCGGGUCCUCUGCGGGUGGAAAAGUGGGAGUGACUUAGGAGGGAAAUCUCCAGAAGCCAGACGGAGGUCCCAGCGUGGGAAAACGCCCUCUGCGCCAGGAGAGGCCAGCCACGAUGCCCACCCCUGUGCCCCGCGGGGCCCCUCUCCUUCUCCCACCUCUACUGAUGCUGUCAGUUGUGCUGGCAGUGCCCCUGGACCGCGGGGCACCUCAUCAGGAGGACAGCCAGGCCACUGAGAGCCCGGACACAGGCCUAUACUACCACCGGUACCUCCAGGAGGUCAUCAAUGUGCUAGAGACAGAUGGACACUUCCGUGAGAAACUGCAGGCUGCCAACGCUGAGGACAUCAAGAGUGGAAAGCUGAGCCGAGAGCUGGACUUCGUCAGCCACCACGUCCGCACCAAGCUAGACGAGCUCAAGCGGCAGGAGGUAUCAAGGCUUCGGAUGCUGCUCAAGGCCAAGAUGGAUGCAAAGCAGGAACCCAACUUGCAGGUGGACCACCUGAACCUCCUGAAGCAGUUUGAACACCUGGACCCUCAGAACCAGCACACGUUUGAGGCUCGGGACCUAGAGCUGCUGAUUCAGACGGCCACCCGAGACCUCGCCCAGUAUGAUGCCGCACAUCAUGAGGAGUUCAAACGCUAUGAGAUGCUCAAGGAACAUGAGAGAAGACGUUACCUGGAGUCUCUGGGAGAGGAGCAGCGGAAGGAGGCCGAGAGGAAGCUACAAGAGCAGCAGCGCAGACACCGGGAGCACCCCAAAGUCAAUGUGCCUGGCAGCCAAGCCCAGUUGAAGGAGGUGUGGGAGGAGCUGGAUGGAUUGGACCCCAACAGGUUCAACCCCAAGACCUUCUUCAUACUGCAUGACAUCAACAGCGAUGGUGUCCUAGACGAGCAAGAACUGGAAGCUCUCUUUACCAAGGAGCUGGAGAAGGUUUACGACCCCAAGAAUGAGGAGGAUGACAUGAGAGAGAUGGAGGAGGAGCGGCUGCGAAUGAGGGAGCACGUCAUGAAGAAUGUGGACACCAACCAGGACCGUCUGGUGACCCUGGAGGAGUUCCUGGCAUCCACACAGAGGAAGGAGUUUGGGGACACUGGGGAAGGGUGGAAGACAGUGGAAAUGUACCCGGCCUACACAGAGGAGGAGCUGAGGCGCUUUGAGGAGGAACUUGCUGCCAGGGAGGCUGAGCUCAAUGCCAAGGCCCAGCGCCUCAGCCAAGAGACAGAGGCCCUGGGGCGCUCCCAGGACCGCCUGGAGGCUCAGAAGAGGGAGCUGCAGCAGGCUGUUCUGCAGAUGGAGCAAAGGAAACAGCAGCAGGAGCAGAGCGCUCCCCCUUCCAAGCCCGAGGGACAGCUGCAGUUCCGUGCAGACACAGAUGAUGCCCCUGUCCCAGCCCCAGCAGGAGACCAGAAAGACGUGGCUCCUUCUGAAAAGAAGGCCGCAGAGCAGCCCCCUGAGCUGCCACAGCCGGACUCCCAGCCGUUAUGAUCUCUCCGUUCCUGUAGACAGUGAUGGAAGCUGAAUGAAGUGUCCUUGCGGCCUCUGGGAAGGAGAAAGGGCCACCCUUCCCUCAGACGCACCUCUGCCCGUGUCUGCCACUCUCGGCAAUCAGAGCCUCCAGCUCCCGUCCCUCCUGUCCCCUCCGUCCCUUCCGUCUGCCUCCUGGCUCCCUUUAUUCUGUCAGGGACUCGCUGCAGGGGCUGAAGUGAAGAAACCGUUCUGUCCUGGAGUGCUCGCUCCGGGCCUGCCUUCCUUUCUGAUUUGGUCUUAGCUGUUCCAGGCUCGGCCACUUUGCAUCCUGUCAGAGGAACCUGGCUUGGUCCCUCUGACUGCCUUCUGUGGGGCCAGUGGGUCAGUUCCUUCUGUGAUUGGAGGCUGGGGACGUGGGUGUCUUUCAAGUAACUAUCGGCUCUGCCUGGAGCCCUGGCUUCCAUUGCUUACUCACCGGCCAAAUACCUACCCCAUGGCUCCAGAAGGUACCAGGUAUGGCUACACCCUAGCUGAGAUCCAACCGCCCUCAGCCCACACCUGUGGGGGCUUCAUGCCACACUGCUAUGCCCUACUCUGUGCUCCAGCUCCAUUCAAAUGUCGUCUGGUACAAAUAAACAUUAGCGUGUCUGUGUA